AUGCCAGGACAUGAACAUGAUGAAGAAACACAUGUUAAAUUCGUUGUUAGAAAUAGCUUUCGAGAUAGGAAACCUAUUGGGUAUGUUACGAUAGAACAAUCAGUCGAUGAAGAGACUUUUCAAAGUCUAGAAUAUGUAGACUCUCGGCAUGAAUAUGUUGUUCAACGUAAAUCACCCCGAAGCGUCGGUUGUCAGGUGAACACAACAUACGAGAUACUACUAUCAGCACCAAAAUGUCCUUUGACACCAAUACCGCCACCAUCACCACCUCCGUCGCCGCCACCCUGGUCGUCGCAAUCAACGUGCGAUGUCGGUUGUCAGAUGACCACAAAUUAUGUGAUACUAUUAUCAAGGUACAUUCCCACGACACCGCUACCACCAACACCAUCACCGCCGCCACCACCACCAAUAUCAAAUAAAGAGGAACAUUUAGAGUACUGUAUAGAUCUGAGACAACCUGUUGAAAUAAUUGAGCCAAAACCAUUUUUGAUUGAACGUCGUGUCAUCGAUGUCUUCCCUAAACCAAAGGUAAAGCAGACAAAAUAUGAAGAUUACAUAGUCACGGUUGGUGGAGGAUGGAAUAAAAUGGACGACUACAUGGAAAGACAUGAACCUGUUAAGAGAUUCGUUUACGAGAGGGAGCAUAUGAAAAACUCUGAUUUACCCGAAAAGAAGAAAAAGUACUAUGGAUUCAAGUCCAUUUAUAAGUCACCUGGGUUUACAAGAGCUCAUCGUAUUUUAUAAACACAAGUAUUAAACAGAAUAUUAGAUAAACGACGAACAUAUACAUUAUUAAAUAUAAAGCUACUUGUUUAUUUUAUUGUUAAUAGUCUAAGAUCAAGAUCACUGCUUGUUGGUGGUUUAUUGUACUAUAUGUACUCUAUUUCUAAGA